AUGGAAGGAGACGCAGGAGAAAUGCCUGUUGAAAAGCCAUUAUCAUUAUAUCAAUCAUUUCCAGACUUUGAUGAAACAACUCUUCAGUGCUUGACAACUUGGCCGCAACUUGCUGAACAAGCUGGAACUUUUUAUAUUGAUUUGCUUGCUCCAGCAUCAAAAGAUCCUUGCGUGCCAUCUCCAUUAAAUCCAGAUCCGGCUUUGAAAUUAGCAUCAGAAUUGAGAUCUCUUUUGGCACAUAUCAUUAUAAUGAAAUCAUCAGGAUCUUUGGAAGCAUCAGGAUACGAAAAUCAAAUUAUUUUCAGAUUAAUAUACAAAUACGAAGCGUUAAAUAGAAAUUUUGCAGCAUAUAUGAUUCAGAGAUGCUUCAGAGCAAAAUUUGCAAAAGGAGCAGACAAGAAAGCAGCAAAACUCGCGUUUUCAAAGUUACUUAUUGCAUCACCAGCAAAUGCUUCUACUGUUGAAGAGAGAGAAAUUCGUAGAUCAAUGAUUCAAAGCAUUAUGGAAACAGCUUCCCAAUAA